UGCGUGAGGCGAGCGGAGCCGGAGUCGAGACCAGAGGCCGAACUCGGGAUCUGACAAGAUGGCUGGGCUGCCCCGCAGGAUUAUCAAGGAAACCCAGCGUUUGCUGGCAGAACCAGUUCCUGGCAUUAAAGCAGAACCAGAUGAGAGCAACGCCCGUUAUUUUCAUGUGGUCAUUGCUGGCCCCCAGGAUUCCCCCUUUGAGGGAGGGACUUUUAAGCUUGAACUAUUCCUACCAGAAGGAUACCCGAUGGCAGCCCCUAAAGUACGUUUCAUGACCAAAAUUUAUCAUCCUAAUGUAGACAAGUUGGGAAGAAUAUGUUUAGAUAUUUUGAAAGAUAAGUGGUCCCCAGCACUGCAGAUCCGCACAGUUCUGCUAUCGAUCCAGGCUUUGUUAAGUGCUCCCAAUCCAGAUGAUCCAUUAGCAAAUGAUGUAGCGGAGCAGUGGAAGACCAACGAAGCCCAAGCCAUAGAAACAGCUAGAGCAUGGACUAGGCUAUAUGCCAUGAAUAAUAUAUAAAAUCGAUCUGAUCAUCAAGUGUGCAUCACUUCUCCUGUUCUGCCAAGACUUCUUCCUUUUUUGUUUGCAUUUAAUGGACACAGUCUUAGAAACAUUACAGAAUAAAAGCCCAGACAUCUUCAGUCCUUUGGUGAUUAAAUGCACAUUAGCAAAUCUAUGUCUUGUCCUGAUUCAUUGUUGUAAAGCAUGAGCAGAGGCUAGAAGUACCAUCUGGAUUGUUGUGAAACGUUUAAAAGCAGUGGCCCUUCUCUGCUUUUAUUCAUUUCCCCCAUCAUGGUUUGAGUAUAAAGCACUGUGAAUGAAGGUAGUUGUCAGGGUUAGCUGCAGGGGUGUGGGUGUUUUUCUUUACUACUUUUUUUGAGGGGGAGAGGUAGUUUUAUUUUAAUUUUAUGGGCUCCUUUCCCCCUUUUUAUGGUGAUCUAAUUGCAUUGGUUAAAAGCAGCUAACCAGUUCUUUAGAAUAUGCUCUCUAGCCAAGUCUAACUUUAUUUAGACGCUGUAGAUGGACAAGCUUGAUUGUUUGAACCAAAAUGGGAACAUUAAACAAACAUCACAGCCCUCACUAAUAACAUUGUGACUUUGCUGUCAAGUGUAGAAUCCUUCCUUCAAGAAAAAGCUUGUGACCAUUUUGUAUGGCUUGUCUGGAAACUUCUGUAAAUCUUACGUUUUAGUAAAAUAUUUUUUGUUAUUCUAAAAAAAAAAA